UAGAGGUGGACUUGGGCCUGGCGGAUGAUGAGGGCCAGGUCUCACCAAAACCAAGUCAUGAUUUUCCAUGGACUAUGCCCAGAGAAUCGCCCCCAAGGUUGCUAGCACGGACCCCUCUGUUGCCUUGGCAAAUCUGCCUGCAGGACUCUUGACUUGUUUGGAAUGGAUUUAUCUCAGAGCGGGUGAACUGGGGUUUUGGCUGUGUUUUCAUGGGGCACGCCAGCGGCUCACAUUUCCUCUCUGAACCUUCCUCCAAGCCGCACUGUACUCAUGAAGGGAGAGCGACAAAGCUGUACAAGGCACAGCACAUGCUUUCCGUUCAUUUCUGGCAGACCCCUGGUCGACCUACAGAUGCCGCUUCUUCUCUGGCUCAUGGCAUUCAGACCCCCACCCACCGACGCUGUCAGACAAGCAGCUGCAGAGGACAGCUCAGCAGCAGGACGCUGGCCACAAUCGCGUCCAGAGCCGCAGCCCCCUGGCUACAGACCACCUCUGCUGCCUCUCUUGGGAGCCCUCCCACCUCCCUCUGGCUUGUCGAGGCCCCACCACAGGGGCUGAAGAACUGGGCGGUGGUGGCAGCUGUGGCCGUGGUACCUAGAGCCUUGGGACCAGCCCGGGCACGUGGGAGCCUGUUUCAGGCCACUCUGCGGCCCCUCCAGGACCAGAGGGGGACCCAGGAUAGCCCCAGCGCUCACCACUGCCUCUUCUUGUCUCUAAAACCUGGGCAAGGGCUCAGAAUGGAAGGCGGUACUUCUGACAUGAGCUCACAGACCAGCCUGACGCCUGCAGAGGACCCGGUGAACCGACCACAAGACAACCCGGAGCCCAGGCAGCAGCUGCGGCCACUACCUGAGCUGUCAGCCUCUACCCAGCCUGAAGCCAAGUAUGUGGAGAUGUGUGCUUCAGCUGAAGUCCGAAGGGAGAGCCCCCAGACCCUGAAACCGCUACCGGAACACUGCUCUGAGAAGCAGGCCUCCAGGAGCCCGAAGACAAAAGCCCAGGAUGAACCUAGCAGCCAUGCCCCUGAGGCUCCAGCUCCCGGGGAGAGUCCUGUUUCCUCCCAAUGCCUCAGCUCCCAGGCUUGUGAGAACAACUUCUCAUCUUCCUCUUCCUCCCCCUCCCCGGUGGAUAGUGCAGAACACAAUGGCCUUUCCAAAAUGGACGACCCCACCAAGCUACUGGGGGUCCUGGCCACCUCCUCUUCAUCCUUAGGCUUUGAGAGUGAGCCAGAAACCAGCUGCGGACAACACCGGGGAGAAGAAGAAGCAGGAGACCGGGCAGGAGCCGGGGAGGAUAGAAGAGAAGGGGUCGAUGAUGGAACAGCGUCGUGCAAGGACAUUAUUGCCAAGUCCCAGGGCAAGAGGGGCCCCCAGAAAAAUGAGGACGCACACUACAUCACCACCCAUGAGAUCCAGCUGACUGAGGUUGAGCAGGGUAUGGAUUUCGAUGUAGGGCUGGCUUCUCGCUGGGACUUCGAGGACAACAACGUGAUCUAUUCGUUCGUGGACUACGCGUCCUUUGGUGGCAGUGAUGAGACCCCAGGAGACAUCACCACGGAAGAAGAUGAUGACAAUAGCUGUUAUGUCAGCACCACGCCAAGUGCCAACGCCACUCGGACUCCCAGCCCCAUCAGCAGCGACCUGGCUCACCCCGGGGCCGGCAGCAGUGGCCGUGACACCAGCAGCACAGAAGUAGGCAGUGGCCCCUCUGACAGUGACACUGUUCCUCCACCCACUGGACCUGGCACUGCCACUCCACCUGAGCCUUUGCUUGAGCUCCGGGAGGCAGCCUUAGGCGCAUCGGCCACUGCUGCAAGCAGCUGUGGGAGUGCAGAAAGCCAGAUCCUCCUGUCAAUCAAGCCAACUUCCCGGGCUAUAAAUGAGCCUAGCAACGUGCGUGUAAAGCAAAACAUUAUUUAUGCUGCCAAGCAUGAAGGCGACAUGAGCCUCCGAGUCUCUACAGCUGCUGAACACAAUUCAAGUUCGCUGAAGCAAAAUUCGGCUGCAGCCGUGGCUCAGGACCAUGCAAAGAAAUUCAUUGCCGUCCCUGCUCGCCUGCAAACCAGGUGCGGGGCCAUCCGGGCAAAGGAGUUGGUGGACUACUCCAGUGGAGCCUCCAGCGCAGUGAGCGAGCUGGAUGAUGCGGACAAAGAGGUGAGGAACCUAACCUCCAGGGCCUUCCGGAGCCUUGCUUACCCCUAUUUUGAGGCUCUGAACAUCAGCUCCCGAGAAUCCUCUACUACGCUCUCUGAAGUGGGCUUUGGACGAUGGUCAACCUUCCUGGACUUGAAAUGCGGAGGCGUUGGAGCCAGAGUGGAACAGAGCCUGCUCCGGAGCAGUGCAGCCUCUGUGGCUGCAGGGCUGAGGAAGGGCGGUGGUACCCGAGCCGCUGCAGACCAGCUCUACCUGCAGACUAAGAAGUCCCAGACCAAAGCCUUGGAGUUUGUGGUCAGCAAAGUUGAGGGAGAAAUUAAACAUGUGGAGACUCCCCUGUGCUUCCAGAAACAGGUCCAAACUGGCUCUCGGGUGGUCACGCUUCUGGAGCCCCUCAACCUCCGCAGUGAGAGCAAAGCCAGCUCAGCCACUGGGCCCUGCAGAACCACCAAAACUUCUAACAAGGGUCCAGGGUCUGUGUACACAGACGACGGUUCGGAGACCUCAGAGAGCAGCAAGCCUGCCUCCCGCAGCGAUGGCCCCCAGAAGAAGUCCAAAUUCGCUUCCAGCCUGCUCAAAAACGUCAUUUCUAAGAAGAUGCAGCGAGAGCAUGAGUUCAAAAUGGAGAGAGGAGAAGUCACCGAUACAUCUCACCACAACGCCCCCGCCCCCGGCUCUAAGGAGACAGAAGGACCUCCUGGAGCUGAGAAGCCCUGGGCGCGGGGUCUGCAGAGGCAGAGUUCACGGCACUCUGAGGCUAGUUCUGAGUACACAGUGGUCAGUGUGUCUGAUGCAGGAGGAGAAGGGUCUGUUGUAGGUUCUAAAUCCCCCAUUUUCAAAGCCAGUACUCCUCGAGAGAGCAACACGGCUUCCGGCCGAAAUUUCUCCGAUGGACACACAGAAGUGUGUGAAAUUAAAAAGAGUGCUUCAGAGACCGUGAAGGGCAUUUUCCUUCGGAGUCAGAACAGUGCCUUCCGGACAUGGAAGGAGAAGGAAGCAGAGAAGCUGGAGGAGAAAGUCCCCGUUGGGAAGCUGAAGCUGGUCAAAGGUGGGGACUGGAGGGCUGAUCUUGGGGAGAUCUCUGCCAGCAAGGCUACCAUCAUGUCUCGCCUCUUUGUUCCCAACAUCCAGCAGACACCCAAGGACAAACAGCCAGAGAAGCAGGCCACCAAGUACCCUGCUGCUGCUGCUGCUCAGACUACCUCCACGGCAGUGAUCAGACCCAAGGCUCCUGAAAUCAAGAUCCGGCUGGGAAGUGUACAACAGCCAAGCUCAGACUUCAACAUUGCCAAGUUGCUCACGCCCAAGCUGGCUAGUGGCAGCGGCUCAAACCUCUUCAAGACCGUUGAGGACAACAGCAGGACCCAGCAGAAACUCUUCCGUGGUGGGGACAAUCUGGAAAAAGUACCCCAGUUCCAGGUGAGAGAUGUUCGAGACAAAUCCAAGGCCUCGGGACCUCUCCACCAGGUGAGGGAUGUGAGGAAGCUAAUCAAAGGGUCAGGCGAUAGCAGUGACAAGGGCAGUGUCACCCCCGAGCAGGGCUUGAUGGGGCCUAAGCCUAGACAGCUGACUCCUGCCUCUGGAGGAUCUAGGUCCUUGUCCCCUAUGGUGAUUACGUGCCAGGCAGUGGUGAAUCCAAGAGAAGACGGUGUGGACCGAGAGCCCAGGGAAGGUGUAGGCAAAGGGAGCAAUGGUAGUAGACUCUUGAACUCCUCCCCAGAAGGUACUGUCUUGGUUCACAGGGCAUCUGGCAGGUUGCCUGUGGCCACCAUUGCGCCCAACAAAUCGGAGCAGGGCUCUUAUUUACCUGUGCUCAAGAUUGUCUCCAAAGCUUCUGCUCAGAGGACCCCGGAGAAACCCAAAGAGGAAGAGGUCAAGGAGGAGGGGAAAGCCCCAAAGCCAGCCCGGAAUGCCUUGGAGAAGCUGACGGCGGCGGUAAGGUCCAUGGAGGAGCUGUACAGCUUCAACAGGAAUGAAUGGAAGCGCAAAAGUGACCCCUUGCCCAUGAUGGCUGACAGCCACGUCCUGUCACUUAUAGCCAGCGAGGAGAAGGAAGGGGUAGCUGGACCCGAAGGAGACCCUGACAAGCUGGCCAAGCAGCUGGCACAGGUGGAAGAACGGGACACAGGCCACAAAGGUGGUGUGGUCCUGAGAGCAGCCCCCAUAGAACGUCUGCAGAGGAGAAACUCCAAUCCGAGCACUGAGAGCGUGUCUGCCCGGGCGGCUGCCUUUGAGAACAUGGCCAGGGAAAGGCCCAGGUCUCUCUAUAUCCCUCCAGUCCACAAAGAGGUAGAGAGAACGCAACCUUUGCAGCCCCUCCCCCCACUCCCCAGCAAUCGGAAUGUGUUCACGGUGAGCUCGAGCAGUGUUCAAAAAACUGGGGGUGUUGCUGGCAAGUUCCCACAAGGGCCUUCUCCCGAGAGCCUUUCAACAGCCAAGGGCAUCAAAUCACAGGGGCUCAGAUCCCUCAAGAUCUCCCCAGCCACCAGAGCCCCUCCUGAUGAUGCCACCACCAGGAAAACGGCUGUCAGUUUGGAGAAGAGCAACAGUGACUGUGAGAAUUACCUGACUAUCCCCCUUAAAGGAAGUGCUGCUUCAGGGGAGUUGCUUGGCAGACCAGGGGCGUCCAGAGAUGGGCCCCCCAGCUCCUCGGCUGCCACUCUCUGUAGUUUACCUCCACUGAGUGCCCGCAGCCAGGUCCCCAAUAACCCCAAAGGAUCUCAAGUCAGUGGAACCAGCAGACCAGCUUGGCGUACCAAACCUGACACCCACCGAGAAACAGUUGCUGCUGCCCCGACAGGGCCACAGAGCCCUGAGCAUACUCCCACUGCCGUCUACCACCAACAGGCUUUGCCCUUCGCCCUCCAGGGCGCCCAGCCUCAGGUCCUCUGCUUCUCCCCACCCGGUAUGCCAGCUCCAGCCCCUGCAGGCCCAGCUGCUGUCCCCACAGACCCCUUUCAGCAGCCACAGCCACAGCAGACGCAGCGCAAGAUGCUCCUGGAUGUGACCACCGGCCAGUAUUAUCUGGUGGACACGCCAGUUCAACCCAUGACCCGGAGAUUGUUUGACCCCGAAACAGGACAAUAUGUGGAUGUGCCCAUGACUUCCCAACAACAGCCUGUGGCACCUAUGUCCCUCCCUGUACCUCCUCUGGCCCUGAGUCCUGGGGCUUACGGGCCCACCUACAUGAUCUACCCUGGAUUUCUGCCCACAGUGCUGCCUCCCAACGCCCUGCAGCCCACGCCCAUUGCUCACACUCCAGGAGGCAGUGAGCUCUCUGUGGCGGCCGAGACCCCCAGCAAAGAGACAGCUACGGCGUUCACCGAAGCCCCGUACUUCAUGGCCUCUGGUCAGUCCCCUGCCUCCUCUUCCUCCUCAGCCCCGGCGGCAGCCACACCCCAGCUUGUGGGGGCCAAGGGCUUUGCCCAGCUGCACGGCAAGCCUGUCAUCAGCAUCACUUCACAGCCCUUGGGGCCACGGAUCAUUGCUCCCCCUUCCUUCGAUGGCACCACCAUGAGCUUCGUGGUGGAACACAGAUGACAGGAGUGUCAAGAAAGCAGAAUGGGACAGCUCCUGGAGCAAGACAGAAAUAAGAACUGUUCUUUAAUUUGAAAGUUUCAUUGUAACACUGAAUUCAUCUGAAAAAACUUCCAGUUGUGUUAUGAACUUUUAUUUCUUAUGAACCAUGUGUGUAAGUUUGUAUAUUCUCCUGAACAACUGCCUUAAGGUAGCUUUUGUUAUUUCAGUUUUACUAAGAUGACUGAAUGGUUGCACUUCUCCCCAGGAAGCAUUUCUUUUUAUACUUUAAUACAGGACAUAAGCUUUCUUGCCACCGCCUGUGCUCCUGCACUUGUGACCAGGCACACAGUACACUGAGUAUUUGAAUGGUUCGUUCAAAACAGGCAGUGGCAUCUGAUUGGUUCGAUGGUAAACCAAAUCAGCAAAACAAUAAUUAGGAUCAGAAAUCACCCUGGAGUUUCUUGAGCUAUGUCAAGUGUAACUGACAGGAUGACAUCUCCUACUUAGUUUUUAAACACAACCGUUUGCUUCCAACAAUAGCCAACUCAGACAACCCAGUUCUGGCUACUGGGCUGUCUCAAGCUCUUGACCAGGUUUGGCAUGAUUUCCCAUGUAAUCAUGACAAACGGCAGUUUUGACAUUUGUGGUUUAAUUUUUCCCAUUUGCACAGCGCCACAACACUGUUUUUGUCAUAAAGCAGAGUAUUUUGAGGUAUGGGAGAACCCAUGAUUACACUGAAAAUUAAGUUUUAAUUUCAGGAAGCAUAAACCACUCAUUCUCCUUUAAGACUAUUCCCUCUAUGGUUGUGCCUGCCUCUCACUGUUUGCAGCCGGAAGAGGAGCCUGUUUGGGGAAGAAGACAGAAUUGGCUGUGAACUUUGUUUCAGUGUUUCCAAUUUGCUCCAGCCCCAACCAUCCCACAAGAGAAGCUUAUAAUUACAGUGCCUGCUUCUGGCUUCAAGUUUUAACAAUUGUUAAGAUUCCAAAUCACCGGAUGCAUUGCCGACCAGUUGUAACCCAAUUCUGACUGAAUGGGUACAUUCAGCCUUUCCUAAUUAGUGUCUCAAUUAAGCGAUACACUGAAGCAUUUCUUAAUUACUUUCUCAAAUACCCCUUUAAAACACAAGUAUUAAGUCUCGAGAUUUCUGUAAGGAAUCUCUGUUCAGUUUUUUUGUUUGUUUAAAGAUAAAGCAUUCUGGUAAAUUCUCUAGAUGAUCCUUUUUAUUUUGACAAUCAUCAGUAUUUGCUUUCCACCUAACAUUGAUUCUUGAAGUGAGAGAGAUUUUAUGCCUCUCAGAAUACUGAAUUUUCUAAGGCUUUUAAAAUUUUAAUACUUUGUCACUGCUUUGAUUUUUGUCACUGCUUUUGAUUUUGUUUGUUUGCUUUGUUUUGUUUUUUAAAUCCAGGCUCAAAACCAAAUUCAAUGCCACUUCCGGGGCCUUUCUUGGGGGGGUGGAGAAAAAAGUUCUAAAAAUUGAGUUCUUUUAGACAAAGAGCAAGAUUUGAAGCAGGAAUAGUGAGUGGGCUUUGGCCACAAUCCACUCAGUUACCAGACAAUGAGCUGUGAAAUGAACCCUUGUCUCUGAGGCAUACGGUAUGAAGCAUGGUCUCUGGGUUAAAAGAUGCCAUCAGGCCAUACUUAGGAAAGCAUCAUUACCCCAUCAUUACAUUUUUUUCAGUCAAACUGAGAGCAUAUAAGGGUCACUUAGUACUGGGACAAGAAGCUAGAAUCCAUUUCUUUCCAAGAUGUCAAACCCAUAGACCUGAGAGCAGCAGAUGUGACGUCUCAGGGGUUUGAGAGCAACAGAUGGAGUAUACAGGGUUUGAGUGGAGAGAGGCUGGGCCUGGAAGGCCAUGAAAGUUCCGUCAGACUUCUGAGACAGUCCCGUGGGUUUGUUAGCCAGUUCCCCACAAAGAUAGGAAGAAAAUGUGUCUUGGGCUACUAUGAAUAGUUAUCACCAGCAGAUCUGAGCCUUCCGUUCUCCUCCCACUGUAGGAGAGAAACUUGGGGUGGGGGUAGGGGUGGGGGAAGAACUUUUUAUUUGUUGCUUCUAUGUGAGAGCCUGAGCCCUCAUGCAGCUUGCCAAGGAUGUGGUCAAUGUCCAAGUGGUUAAAAUGUAAUUAUAAGCUGAUGUUUAUGCCUUUCAUGGCAGCUAUUGAUCAUUUCACAGUUGGGGUCACCAUCUGAGGUUUACUACCUUAAAUGAUAAAGAAAAUUCUCAUAGGCACAUGCUCAACCCUUUGUUUGGUCAUUUCUUGAGCUUGUAUGGACAUGUGAAUGAAGUGGCUUUUCCCUCUUUUUUUCAACCAAAGUGGAAUGUACCAGGAACCUAGACAGUCUUCUAGUGCAAGAAGCAGUAACGCCCAGCAGUAUCUUUUAACUACUGAGCUCUUUGUCAUGUUUUCUCUAAAAACCUACCAGUUAAGAACUAUCCUAAUAGAGCCAUGAGCUUGGAUCUAAACAGAAUGUGACCUGGCUGUAACUAUUUCCUCUCAUGGUCAUGUGUGAGGCUUAGUUUCCAGAAUGAUCAUACUAAACUCUGGAAGGAAUUUUGACUCAUUUACUGCUUUUUUUUUUUUUUAACCCCUGUUGGAUAAUGAGGUCAUGUUGAAACAGACCCCUGUUUGACUUGUUUCUUGAAAACUAAACACAUUUGUAGCCAGUAUGAUAAUUCAGUUCGCCAGAAUUUAUUUCUUUGAACACUUAUUGAAACUGUCAUCAGGAGUAAAUGAAGCCCAGGAUUAAGUGUCUGUGUAAAUAUGACUCCUCUUGAAGUAACUAAGCUAACAAUGAGUUCUACUCUGAUAGCUCCAUGAUACCUUUCAAAAAUUAACAUGUAAUUCAAAUUCAUCUUGUAUCGUUAGAAGAUGUCCAGUGGCAUACAUACCUUUUUCUUUAUUCAGAUUUGACCUUUUCACCUUUGCUUCUUAAAGAGAUUUGAUACAUUCUGACUCUCUUCAGCCACUGUAGAGACAGAAGCCUGUGUUUGCUACAAACCAGACGUUCCUAUUACCUGAGAGCUCUACCUGGGACUGUAGGGCAGAAUUGAUUCUUAAGUAGAUGGCUAUACUUCCACAAUGGCUGUGUGCAGUGUGGACUUCUAAGUAGAUGACUGCAAUCUCAUGAUAAGUGUGUAUAUGUGUGUAGAAAACACAUUCAGCGGUACUCUUUGUAUUUAAGACUAUCACAGAAUACAUUUUCCUAUGUGGUGCUUGAGGAGUCUCAUUCUACGGUUUACAAGGUGUAAUAUUUGCACCCUAAAUUCUCAGGGUGUGCUAUUUUACCCAGAUACUUGAAAGAAAAAGGUGCCCUAUGUUUUAUCAGUACUGUUGAUGGGAGAAAAUUAUGUGUAAGUGUGUUUGAGAAAACUGCUCAUAAAAACUAAGUCAAUAAGCUCUUAAGCUUUUACAUAAUCUCUAAGGAGAUGUAUACAUAGGUGAUAUAUAUCGUGAAGAGACUGCUAAUGUGUUCUUUAACUUCCGGGUCUGAGAGAGGCCUCACCGGUGCAUAGAAUCACUAAGAAAGCGUGUAGCAUUUACUCAAAAGUGCCUUGAACUUGAAUCUAUUCUGAGUCACACUCCGUGUGUGACAUGUGUGAACAAAGACCCAGAAGGAGGACCCUGAGCAUGGACUCCGGUGUGUGCCCUGUGUCUCUGGGGAGACCUGAACACUUACUGCAAUACUCGUGAGCUAGCCAUAUCCUCAGUACUUCAUGUUAUAAGUGCUUUGUUGGAUUUACUCCUGUUUGACUCAAAAUGGUGCAGAAUAAAAUACACACAUCUAGUUUGGUUUUUCUUUUAAGUUUCUGAAUUGCUCCUUUCCAAUUAGUAUUAGUGGCAUCAAGUCCUUUCUAGGGAUCCCUGAGUUUCCUACUAUGGUUGGAUCUGUUUUCUAGCAGGCGGUCUCUUCCACUCCCACCCCUUCUGAAGAUGUGUGUUUUUGUGUUUCUAUAUGAAAUUAUAUUCUUGUAUAGUGAUGGCUGAAGAGAAUAUGAAGACUGUGGAAGUUAUGUAUGAAUAGGAGAGUGUAUAUUGUAUAAUGCAUACAGAAAGAUGUUGGAUGAUGACGAACUGUACCCCAGACUAUGAGAGAUGGCAGAGAAGUUCCUGGCUGAGGUUUGAUGUGAUGGUACAAUGUGGUGAGCUGGCGACGGGAACUUUGCAUCCAGCCAACAGCACCAAGAUUUGCUUUCAAGUGCUUUUGCCUCUGGAGAAAACUACUGAGAUGGGAUUCCUUGUGACAUGCCUACUUAACCUUUGACUGCCAGCAUUUGUAAGGUGCAAUCUUGUGUAUUGGUUUUUUUAUUUUGACAGUUUUGAAAACUUGUUUGUUGUUGUUUUUCCAGUAAAAGUAACCACAAAGAAAAUGUA